CGGGGUGGCGGGACCAGAGGCGAGGUUCUGUUCACGCUGGGCUGUGGCCCCGCCGGGCUGUGGUCAUGGAACUCAGCGCCGACUACCUCCGCGAGAAGCUGCAGCAGGACCUGGAGGCAGAGCAUGUGGAGGUGGAGGACACGACUCUGAACCGUUGCGCGACCAGCUUCCGAGUCCUGGUGGUGUCGGCUAAGUUCGAGGGAAAGCCACUGCUCCAGAGACACCGGCUGGUGAACGAGUGCUUAGCCGAAGAGCUCCCGCACAUCCAUGCCUUUGAGCAGAAAACUCUGACCCCAGAGCAGUGGACCCCACAGCGGCAGGAAUGAGGGACCCAGGCCUGAACGAGCAUUAAAUUUUAAACCUGGCCCAGCUGGUUUCAGUGUGCUGUUUGAAGACUGAGGCUGAGUCAAGGAAGUGGCUUUCCCCUCUCCUCCAGCCAUUGUUUUGGCAAAUUUGGAUGAAUUUCUUUCCUGAACCCUCUAGGUCCCAACCUAAAUAGAUGGAAGUUCUGUUCUU